AAGAAAUUAGAGCUGUUGCAAUUGACGCAGAUUUGCGCGAUGAACGAGUUAUUGCAAUUGACGCAGUUUUACGUGCUAGUAAAGUUUGUCAGAGUGUUUUUAAUAACCUUGUAACGAGUGAUACUCUUAUUAAAAAGGAUAAAACACCUGUAACAAUUGCUGAUUUUAGUGUACAAGCCGUAGUAAACACUAUAUUAUGUAAGUUUUUUCCGAAUGAUCCUGUUGUUGGAGAGGAGGAUUCAAAAGACGCUAUUGAUAGAGGAACUUACUCUGGUGGCCCAAAUGGAAGUUAG